CCUUUCACGAAACAACCACCUCUCUCCCACCGAGCGCCAUGCACUGCUGAGUUGACGGGCAACAUGACGAUCUGUGAUGGCCAGGGACACUCCGCACGACCGAGAUGCCGCGCGCAAGGAGGGCAGCGGCGAAGAGGCUGCCGGCCUUCUCCAGGACAAUCGACUGUCCAGGGACGAUUCGGGCGAUGAAGGACGCACGCUCCAAGAGAAGCCACCAUCGCCCGUGAAACAAGAGUCAAAACCACCUGCUCCGAGACGACAAUCGAGCUUUGCACAGAUCCGCCCAAACGGCGAGCCUCGAACGCCACAUCGAGUGCGCUUCGAUGUCGCCGAACCUGAAACGAUUGGCGAGGCGGGGCCGGAGUGGAUGGACGAUGAGGACUACAUGAACGGACAUGCUGCGCCAGGAGGACAACAUCGAGCACCGCUCUUGACUGGCAUCGAGGCUCCCAGCGUCUCCCUCGCCAACGACAUCGAAUACAGCGAUGAGGACCUUCUAGAGUCUGCUAGGCCGAAGAGUGGUAUGGCGAGUGCCUUUAUGAACAUGGCGAACAGCAUCAUUGGAGCGGGGAUCAUUGGACAACCAUAUGCGUUCAAGCAAGCGGGUCUUUUGACAGGCAUUGUGCUCUUGGUCCUUCUGACGAUCACGGUCGACUGGACGAUCCGCUUGAUUGUCAAGAAUUCCAAGCUGAGCGGAGCCAACUCUUUUCAAGCCACGAUGGAGCACUGUUUUGGCAAAUCUGGCCUCAUUGCCAUCUCUGUGGCCCAAUGGGCUUUUGCGUUCGGAGGCAUGAUCGCCUUCUGUAUCAUUAUUGGAGACACAAUACCGAAGGUCUUCUCCGCCUUCUUUCCUUCGCUGCACACCAUACCGGUAGUUGGACUUCUGGCCGACCGCCGAGCCGUGAUCGUUCUCUUCACCCUCGGUGUCUCAUACCCUCUAUCACUAUACAGGGAUAUUGCAAUGCUGGCCAAAGCAUCGUCGCUUGCGCUCGUGAGCAUGGGCAUCAUCGUGCUCACCGUCAUCACACAAGGCCCACUCGCACCAGCCGAUAUGAAAGGCCCAAUCAAAUCCAGCCUCAUCGUCAACGCAGGCGUGUUCCAAGCGAUCGGAGUGAUCUCCUUUGCUUUCGUCUGUCACCACAACAGUCUUCUCAUAUAUGGCUCGCUGAGAACUCCUACCAUGGACCGAUUCGCCAAAGUUACACAUUGGAGCACAUCGAUCUCCAUGGUUGCUUGUCUGAUCAUGGCACUUUCCGGCUAUUUGACGUUCGGCAGCUACACGCAGGGCAACGUUCUGAACAACUUUCAGGACGACAAUAUCAUGGUCAAUAUCGCCCGAUUGUGCUUCGGCCUUAACAUGCUCACAACACUGCCACUCGAGUGCUUUGUCUGCCGCGAAGUCAUCACAGAGUACUACUUCCCGUCGGAGCCGUUCAACCCGAAUCGCCACCUUAUCUUUACGACUUCGCACGUUCUCACAGCCAUGGCUAUGGCGCUUCUCACCUGCGAUUUGGGCGUGGUUUUCGAAUUGGUCGGAGCGACGAGUGCUUGCGCUUUGGCGUAUAUCCUGCCGCCUUUGUGCUUUGUGAAGCUCACGAAGCGCAAAACAUGGGAGGUGUAUGCUGCGUAUGUUUGCAUUGCAUUUGGAUGUAUUGUUAUGGGUAUCAGUCUAAUACAGGCUGUUGGAAAGAGUAUACGAGGGGAUGGAGCGGCCACGACAUGUUCUACGAGUUAGACCAUAGAUCUGUAAAGAAUAUGAUGAUGUUUGAUGUGAAGCCAUCUUCUGGCAUGGACCCAA